CAAUAUUCAGCUGUGAGAGGGGAGAGAGAGAGAGUUGUGCGUGAUUGCGUACUCUCUAGGCGUCACCUCUGAUUGAUGGCAUCACAGACUAGUCUCUUCCCCGUUUCUGCCAUCGAAUCCCCCAUUUUUGCUUCGCCUUCCUUUUCUCGAUCAUAUUUGAGUUGGAAGACCUACUAUUACUAAUAAAACAUUGGUAUCUGUACCGCCCAGAGCAAAAGAUGUCAGAUUCGAACAAUGAGUGUACGAAGGAGCAUGAGCUUGCCAAUAAUACAUUUGAAAACAAAGUUGGUGGUGACAAUUCUGAGGAUGAACCAAAAUCUUUGGACAAAAGUGAUGAAAAUGAUGCCCCGGCUUCAGACAAACAUGAUGAAAAUCCCAUGCCUUCACCUCUACAGGAGCAGGAAACUGUCAAGAAAAAGUAUGGUGGAAUUAUGCCAAAGAAACCUCCACUGAUAUCAAAGGACCAUGAGCGUGCUUUUUUUGAUUCUGCGGAUUGGGCAUUAGGAAAGCAGCAAGGGGCACAAAAACCAAAAGGGCCACUUGAAGCACUUCGCCCAAAGCUGCAGCCAACUCCACACCACCAAAAUCGAUCAAGACGUUCAGCUUAUUCUCCGGCAGAUGAGAGUGAAUUGGAGGACGGCCAUGCAAACACUUCAUCGAAGGAACAAACAACAUUAGACCAUGAUGAUACCAGCAACAUUGCUUAAAGCGUUGCCUUGGAUUUUACAAUCUGAAUCAUUGUCUGAUCAAAUUAUGCUUGUUUCUCAAACUUGGAAGGAUGACAUAUUGAUCCUUUCUAACCAAAUAAAUUAAAAUGGCACAUUUUUGGUACUGGUGUAAAGUCAUUCAUACCAUAUGCAUCAAAGAAGUCGAAUAUAGGGUAUGCUGACAAUUUUUGUUUU